AUGAAGAGACGAAGAUGCGCGAUGAUGGACGAUGAUGGAUGGAUGGGACGGAGAGAACGACAUGAGAAGGCUCGGAGAAGCCAACGGCCAACAAUCUCUCUCUCUCUCUCUCUCUCUCCGCAAUUGGACGCGUCUCGAGAGUGGCCGGGCCAUGUACUCCGAUGGCUUGCUGCUCCCUACCUGCCAGCGAUCAAGGAGGCGCUGCAUCGCCGGAACAGCCAGCAGCUUCGAGAGAAAGUCGAGCAGCGAGCAGACGGCUCUCUGGCUUUCAUCCAUCGGUGGCUGAGUACCACAGAUGACGAUGUCUCUGCUGCAUGGAAACCGGGAAAGCAGGGUCUGUCGGAAGCAUCUGCAGCAUGUCAUGAUGCAGACUCAGUGACCACAGCGGUGGAUAACUAG